UCAGCUGAAAAACACCUCGGCUGCAGCAAGCUAGCUGGGAAGCUCCCGGUUCUAAAGAGAGGCUGUUUACCAGAAGAGCAUAACAAGGGCUGGUCUGGUUGCAAGGCUGGGAACUAGGAGGCCAAACUGCUGCCAAGGAGACCCCAUUUGGAUACUGGAGGUUCAGUCACCUGCAAGCCGGAAGAGGCGAUGAUGCUGUUAGCUUGGGUACAUACAUUUCUUCUCAGCAACAUGCUUCUGGCAGGAGCCUAUAGAUCUGGAGGCUGCUUCUGGGACAACGGCCACCUGUACCGGGAGACCACUUCCCAAGCACCUUCAGCUUCUACAACAGAGCUGGAAGAGAAGUCUAAUGCACCAGGGGACAAAGAGGCACAGCUGUUCCCUCCUGCUAACGUCCUGCCAGCCCGGAGUGAGGCAGCAGAGGUGCAGCCAGUGAUUGGGAUCAGUCAGCGUGUGAAGAUGAACUCCAAAGAGAAAAAAGACCUGGGAACUCUGGGCUAUGUGCUGGGCAUUACUAUGAUGGUGAUUAUCAUUGCCAUUGGAAUUGGCAUCAUCAUGGGCUACACUUACAAGAGGGGAAAGGACCUGAAAGAGCAGCAUGAGCAGAAAGCGUGUGAGAGGGAGAUGCAGCGAAUCACCCUGCCCCUGUCUGCCUUCACCAAUCCUGCCUGUGAGAUCAUGGACGAGAAGACCGUCAUUGUACACAGCAACCAGACUCCUGCUGACCCUCAGGAGGCCAGCACCCUCCUUGUGGGCCAGGCUGGCACCCCUGGGGCCUGAGCCCCUGUAGUGGGCAGGUGUCCAUGCAGACACUGGUACGGGACAGGCCACCCUCCUGCAGCUGAGAGGAGCUACAUUUUGUGUUGUGGUUAAAACCCAUCCCAUUUUUCUUUUGAGGGGGAGAUGUGACUCCUCAUGACAUAGCAGAAGCAGGUAGCAUUGUGGGUGAGUUUGUGGAGCUGGGGGUCCAUCACUGCUCCUUUUCUAUCCCUCGGAGCAGGAUUUGCCUGUGGAUAGUGACUGGCACAGUAACUACAGUGGUGCUGUGGCAAAUAAGGGCUUCCACAUUGCCUGAGCCAGGGAAAGACAGGGCACUUGCCGGCUUCAGUCUCUGCCUUUCCAUUUGUCACCUAGGAACUUGAGUGGCGUAUACUGUUAUUCAUAGUUAAGGUCAAACAGAUCAUGCAUGAGGCAGCAUUAAUUAUAUAUAUAUAUAUAGUAUUUGGGAUGGAAGGUCCUUUCUGAGAACCAGAAAUGAAUUUGCACAACACUCAGAACGUUGGGCUGCAAAUGGGUUCUAGAUGAGGGCUGCUGGGUAUGCUCCAGCUUGCUGGCAGUGAUGUGCCUUGACAACUGUGGGCCAGGUGUGGCCCCAAGGGACUUUUCCUGUUUUGUAAGGAAAUAAAAGGAAGAAUUGCACUAAACAUUCCACUUAGGAAGAUACAGAAGGGCCCACUUCUGCCUUCAGCCUCAGCUUUGGGUAUCCAGACUAUCUCUUCAGGGGUGGAUAGAAUGUCUCCAUUUUGUGCUAAGAGAAUAGCCAGCUAACCCAUGGGAAUUACAUGUGUCAGCAUCUGGUGAACCUAGGGUAAGCCCAGAGGCUAGGUAACAAAGGCAUGGAUGGGCUCGCCUUGGCAGUACACCUUGGCUCACAGGCAGCCCAGUGGCCUGUAGGCCUGUGCCUUCCUUGGGGCUAGGAUUGCAACCUGUACAAAACAAUCACUGAAGCACUGGGGAGGACCUUAAGGGUUUUCAGGUCUUUCAGAAACAGGGUCUCCAGAGAGGGCAAAGUGUCCUGCCCAUGAUCAAAGCAACUUCUGGAUGGCCAGGAGUGUCCCCGCUUCCUAGCCUUGGCAGUAUUCCCCAGCCAGGAGCCCCUCUACUGUCCAGCACAGGAGAGGGGUGGGUGGGGUCCAUUCCCUUCACCAGGCUGCUCUCUGGAGCCAUCUGUUGAGGGGGCCUAGACCUCAGGGUUCCCAUGGUAGAAUUGACUAUGGGAAAGAGAAUAGUACUACUUCCUACUUUUCUAUGAAAGUAUUUCUCUGUGUAUAUGUUUUAUAUACCUCAUUCUGACUCCAGUGUAUGAACUGUGGGAAAUUGCUCUGCAUUUGACUUAUAUAAACACAAAACACAA